CAGCCGCCUCGCCAUGCCCGGACACCGCCCGGCCCCCGGCGGCCGCCGCUCGCCCCGCGCCGAGCCCGCCGCCCCCCGAGCCGCCCCCCGGCCCGGGCUCCUGCUCCUCCUCCUGCUCUGCCUCGCCGCCGCCGCCGCCGCGCAGGACCGAGACCUCCCCGAGGCUGGCAGCUGCCUGCAGGACGGGCACCGCUACAGUGACAAGGACGUGUGGAAGCCGGAGCCGUGCCGGAUCUGCGUGUGCGACACGGGGACCGUGCUGUGCGACGAGAUCAUGUGCGAGGAGCUGCGGGACUGCCCCAGCCCCGAGAUCCCCUUCGGAGAGUGCUGCCCCAUUUGCCCCACCGAGCAGCCCAGCGGGAAGCCUGGCCCCAAGGGACAGAAAGGUGAACCCGGUGACAUCAAAGAUGUCGUAGGACCCCGAGGACCCCCGGGCCCGCAGGGCCCCGCAGGUGAGCAGGGACAGCGAGGGGACCGCGGCGAGAAGGGCGAGAAGGGUGCCCCCGGCCCCCGGGGCAGGGAUGGGGAGCCCGGAACCCCAGGAAAUCCCGGCCCCCCCGGACCCCCCGGACCCCCGGGACCCCCCGGCCUGGGGGGGAACUUUGCGGCUCAGAUGGCGGGGGGCUUCGACGAGAAGGCUGGAGGGGCUCAGAUGGGCGUCAUGCAGGGACCCAUGGGCCCCAUGGGACCCCGCGGCCCCCCCGGCCCCUCCGGCUCCCCCGGUCCCCAAGGAUUCCAAGGCAACCCCGGUGAGCCCGGCGAGCCCGGCGCUGCUGGUCCAAUGGGUCCCCGGGGACCUCCGGGACCUCCUGGCAAACCCGGCGACGACGGCGAGACCGGCAAACCCGGGAAAUCCGGCGAGCGCGGCCCCCCCCGCCCGCAGGGCGCUCGUGGCUUCCCCGGGACCCCCGGCCUGCCUGGAGUCAAAGGCCACCGGGGCUACCCCGGCCUGGACGGCGCCAAGGGAGAGGCGGGAGCGCCCGGAGCCAAGGGCGAGUCCGGCUCCCCGGGCGAGAACGGCUCCCCCGGCCCCAUGGGUCCCCGCGGGCUGCCCGGAGAGCGAGGACGCCCCGGCCCCUCGGGCGCUGCGGGCGCUCGUGGCAACGACGGCCUCCCGGGCCCGGCCGGACCCCCCGGUCCCGUCGGCCCCGCAGGAGCCCCCGGCUUCCCCGGCGCCCCCGGCUCCAAGGGUGAAGCGGGUCCCACUGGAGCGCGAGGACCCGAGGGUGCCCAGGGACCCCGCGGGGAGUCCGGGACCCCCGGCUCGCCCGGCCCCGCCGGCGCCCCCGGGAACCCAGGGACCGACGGCAUCCCCGGAGCGAAGGGAUCGGCGGGCGCUCCAGGCAUCGCCGGCGCUCCAGGAUUCCCCGGCCCCCGCGGCCCACCCGGACCCCAGGGAGCCACCGGCCCGCUGGGCCCCAAGGGACAGACGGGCGAGCCCGGCAUCGCAGGAUUCAAAGGCGAGCAGGGACCCAAGGGAGAGAUGGGCCCCGCAGGACCCCAGGGUGCCCCCGGACCGGCCGGGGAGGAAGGGAAGAGAGGAGCCCGCGGAGAACCCGGAGCUGCCGGACCUUUGGGGCCACCUGGAGAGAGGGGAGCUCCCGGCAACCGCGGCUUCCCCGGGCAGGACGGGCUGGCCGGCCCCAAGGGUGCCCCGGGCGAGCGCGGCCCUGCUGGCCUGGCCGGCCCCAAAGGAGCCACCGGUGACCCCGGACGCCCCGGAGAGCCCGGCCUGCCUGGAGCCAGGGGUCUCACAGGUCGCCCUGGGGACGCUGGGCCCCAAGGCAAAGUCGGCCCCACAGGUGCCCCUGGCGAGGACGGACGUCCCGGACCCCCCGGCCCGCAGGGGGCUCGGGGCCAGCCUGGCGUGAUGGGGUUCCCUGGUCCCAAAGGUGCCAAUGGUGAGCCUGGAAAAGCUGGUGAAAAAGGACUUCCCGGAGCACCAGGGCUGAGGGGACUUCCUGGCAAGGACGGAGAGACCGGAGCCGCCGGACCCCCAGGACCUGCUGGCCCGGCAGGGGAGAGGGGAGAGCAAGGAGCCCCCGGCCCCUCCGGCUUCCAGGGACUGCCAGGGCCACCAGGUCCCCCCGGCGAGAGCGGCAAACCCGGAGAUCAGGGCGUUCCUGGAGAAGCUGGAGCCCCCGGGCUUGUGGGUCCCAGGGGCGAGCGCGGUUUCCCCGGCGAGCGCGGCUCUCCUGGCGCCCAGGGCCUGCAGGGUCCCCGCGGCCUCCCCGGCACGCCCGGCACCGACGGACCCAAGGGUGCCACCGGCCCCGCCGGCCCCAACGGCGCCCAGGGGCCCCCGGGGCUGCAGGGGAUGCCCGGGGAGAGAGGAGCCGCUGGCAUCGCCGGUCCCAAGGGGGACAGGGGAGACGUUGGAGAGAAGGGACCCGAGGGAGCGCCUGGAAAGGACGGAGCUCGUGGUCUGACCGGUCCCAUCGGCCCCCCCGGCCCCGCUGGCCCCAACGGCGAGAAGGGCGAGUCCGGCCCCCCCGGCCCAUCCGGAGCUGCCGGUGCCCGCGGUGCCCCCGGAGAGCGCGGAGAGCCCGGAGCCCCCGGCCCUGCCGGAUUCGCCGGCCCCCCGGGCGCCGAUGGCCAGCCUGGAGCCAAGGGCGAGCAGGGGGAGCCCGGCCAGAAGGGUGACGCCGGAGCCCCCGGGCCUCAGGGUCCCUCUGGGGCUCCUGGACCGCAGGGUCCCACAGGUGUCACCGGUCCCAAAGGAGCCCGGGGCGCCCAGGGACCCCCGGGAGCCACCGGAUUCCCCGGAGCCGCCGGACGUGUUGGACCCCCCGGUCCCAAUGGUAACCCCGGCCCGCCCGGACCCCCCGGCUCCGCGGGCAAGGACGGCCCCAAGGGCUCUCGGGGCGACGCGGGACCCCCGGGCCGAGCGGGGGACCCGGGGCUGCAGGGCCCCGCCGGCCCCCCCGGCGAGAAGGGCGAGCCCGGCGAGGACGGCCCCGCGGGCCCGGACGGACCCCCCGGCCCCCAGGGGCUGGCAGGACAGCGCGGCAUCGUGGGGCUGCCGGGGCAGCGCGGCGAGCGCGGAUUCCCGGGGCUGCCCGGACCCUCGGGAGAGCCUGGAAAACAGGGAGCACCUGGAUCUGCCGGUGACCGGGGACCCCCCGGGCCCGUGGGACCCCCCGGGCUGACAGGGCCAGCUGGAGAGCCCGGCAGGGAGGGAAAUCCCGGCUCUGAUGGACCCCCGGGCAGGGAUGGGGCAGCAGGAGUGAAGGGUGAUCGUGGCGAGACCGGCCCCGUGGGUGCUCCCGGUGCUCCCGGCGCUCCCGGCGCUCCGGGCCCCGUGGGACCCACUGGAAAACAGGGAGACAGGGGGAGAGACGGUGAGUGGGACACGCCGGGAUGUGGGGAGACGGGAAUUACCGGGAAUCACCCCAAAUCCGAGGCAUGGAGCUGUCUGGGAUCAUCUGGGAACAGCACCAGGAGCAGCUCUGAGCGACUUCCUGAGGAUUCCUGGGAGCCUGGUUUGGAAUCUGCCUGGGAGCUCCAGGAGCUGGAACUGGGAAUGAGCUGGGGACGCCAGGAGAUAAAACUGGGAAUAUCUGCAGUGCGCUGGGCAGCUGGGAACACAAAUCCCACACCCCACAUUCCCACACCUCAAAUCCCAAAUGCCAUUCCUGCUGUUUUUGACUCCCUUCCUUUCUCCCUCCCGCAGGGUGCUCAGGGUCCCAUGGGUCCCUCCGGCCCCGCUGGCGCCCGGGGGAUGCCGGGUCCCCAGGGGCCGCGCGGUGACAAAGGCGAGGCGGGCGAGGCUGGAGAGCGCGGCCUGAAGGGGCACCGGGGCUUCACCGGCCUCCAGGGGCUGCCCGGGCCCCCCGGUCCUUCUGGAGACCAGGGCGCUGCCGGGCCCGCGGGUCCCUCCGGGCCCAGGGGUCCCCCCGGCCCUGUGGGCCCUUCAGGCAAGGACGGCUCCAAUGGGAUGCCCGGACCCAUCGGCCCCCCCGGACCCCGCGGGAGGAGCGGCGAGCCCGGCCCGGCGGGUCCCCCCGGGAACCCCGGCCCGCCCGGCCCCCCCGGGCCCCCCGGCACUGGCAUUGACAUGUCGGCGUUCGCGGGGCUGGGGCAGCCCGAGAAGGGCCCCGACCCCGGGCGCUACAUGCGGGCAGACGAGGCGGCGCCGGGGCUGCGGCCGCACGACGCCGAGGUGGACGCCACCCUCAAGGCCCUCAACAACCAGAUCGAGAGCAUCCGCAGCCCCGAGGGCUCCCGCAAGAACCCGGCCAGGACCUGCCGAGACAUCAAACUCUGCCACCCCGACUGGAAGAGCGGCGAUUACUGGAUCGACCCCAACCAGGGCUGCACCCUGGACGCCAUCAAGGUCUUCUGCAACAUGGCCACGGGGGAGACGUGCGUGUACCCCAGCCCCGGCAGCAUCCCCAGGAAGAACUGGUGGAGCAGCAAGGCCAAGGAGAAGAAGCACGUCUGGUUCGCCGAGACCAUCAACGGCGGCUUCCACUUCAGCUACGGCUCUGAGGAGCUGGCGCCCAACACGGCCAACAUCCAGAUGACCUUCCUGAGGCUGCUGUCCACCGAGGGCUCCCAGAACGUCACCUACCACUGCCGCAACAGCGUGGCCUACCUGGACGAGGAGUCGGGCAGCCUGAGGAAGGCUCUGCUCAUCCAGGGCUCCAACGACGUGGAGAUCCGCGCCGAGGGCAACAGCAGGUUCACCUACAGCGUGCUGGAGGACGGCUGCACGAAACACACCGGGAAGUGGGGCAGGACUGUCAUCGAGUACCGCUCGCAGAAGACCUCGCGCCUGCCCAUCGUGGACAUUGCACCUAUGGACAUUGGGGGGCCCGAGCAGGAGUUUGGGGUCGACCUCGGCCCCGUCUGCUUCUUGUAAAAAAAAAAAAGGAAUUUUUUUUGGCGUGGUUGUUUGUUUUUGGUUGUCGUGGUUUUUGUUUGUUGGUUUGGUUUUUGUUUUUUUUUUUAAAAAAGCCCAGCCCGAUUCCUUAAAAAAAGAAAAAAAAAACCACAAAAAACGGGAUCCACCCCAAAAAGGAGCUGCACUGAAAGGGCUCACCCCGAAUCAGGGAGCAACCACCUCAUCCCAACACCAGAAUCAAAGGAAAAACCCGUUAAUAUUUAUUUAUUCUCUUCCUGGAAGACCUGUUUUUGAGGUCAGGUGGAGGUGGAAAUGCCAGUGAUCCCUUUUUCCCUGAAAAAAAAUGGGAUUUCACCAAUCCAGGUAUCAAAAAUCCCCCUCCUCACCCCAUAUUUUCCCCUUUCCCCCCAGCAGGAGUGUUCAUGUAUAAUAUGAGUUAAAAAAAAACACACAAAAAAAUCAAAAAAUGGUGCUAUUCUUGUAAAACAAGUCUGUAUUUUUUAACAUCUGUUGGUAUAAAAUGAAAAAAAAUCUAAAAAAAAAAACUUUUGGUCAAAAGUAAAA